AAGCUGCAACCUAGCUUGGUGGAUGUGCCACCACUGAGAGCUUCAGUAGGAGCCUCACCAUCCACUACUACACCACCCCCAGCUCUUCAACAAACCACCACCACGAAUCUGCAAACGCUCGGUUCUCCCCCUUGACUGCCCGUAUUUUAUUCCCUUCCAUCUACCUACCCUCAAAUACCAGAUCGGCAACAUGUCCGCAAUACCCAUCAUUACCUUUAAAGCUGGCCUCUGCGAGGUUGAUCAAUCGUCAAGGCCCUAUAAGGUGAAACCUAUUCCCAGACAGGGAUAUGUCUACCUCUAUAGCGAAGACGAUCUGAUCCACUUCUGUUGGCGAGAGCGAAGCGUCCCUCUCGAUCAGCCCGAACUCGACCUUGUCAUGAUCCCCACCGAUGGGCAAUUCGUCCCCUACGAUACCCAGUCGCCUAGCAACCCAACUUCCAAGACCGACGGCCGCAUCUUCGUUCUCAAAUUCGCCUCGUCCUCGCAACGGCACCUGUUCUGGCUGCAGUCCAAACCCCAAGCCCGGAGUGGCGACCCAAGCUGGUUCAGCCCCCGCGACCUCAAGAUUGGCGAAAUUGUGAACAGGCUACUGCAAGGCGACGAGCUCGAUGUCACGCGGGAAUUGACCCUGGUGCGGAAUGACAACGACGACAGCCGGCGAGACAACGACGACGACGAGACCAUGGAAGAUGUCGAAGGCCACGGAGACGCCAGCGACCACCACCAAGGAAGCAGCGGAGGUGCAGGUGCUGAUGCCACGGGUGGAGACAUCCGGCGCGAGGGCGAAGGAUCCAGAGAAGGUGGAGCGGAUGGCGGGAGAGCGGCGUCUUCUUCCGCUCCAGAUGCGGCUGCAGCCGUUAGAAACUUCCUCGAGUCCCUCAAGGGGCAGCAAGGGCUCGGCAGCGGCCAGCAGGCUGAAGGAGGCAAGCUAUACCCAGUCCUGAACGACCUCCUCGAGCCGUCGACAACCAUUCCGAUGAUCGAUGCGGCGUCGGAUGAUUACGUCGACAACCUCCUGGGCUUCCUGCCCCCCACCGUCCUCGUCCUCUCCCAGCAGGGAAGCGACGGUGACCCGGUUUCGGCCGAUCCGUCGGCGGAGUCGGUGACGGCGGCGCGGGAAGCCAUGAGCCCGGGCCAGAAGCGCAGUUUGCUGAAGAAGGUGCUGCGGAGUCCGCAGUUCUCCCAGAGCCUGGCGAGCCUGACGGUUGCGCUGCGGGAUGGCGGACUUCCUACCAUAGCCGAGGCUCUCGGCAUCAAGGUCGAGAACGGGGGUUUGGUCAGGGGCGGAAGCGUCCCCCUCGGUGGCGGCGAAGCGGUGGAGGCGUUUGUUGAGGGCGUCAAGAAAACGGUUCAGGAGAAAUAAUGAGGCUUGUGGCACAGGUAUGGGCCUGGGGUAUGUUUCUGGUUGCCAUACAUAGAUUGUGGCCCUCGAUGGAGAUAUUCAUACCGGCGAUGGCUAGCUUCCAAUAGAAGGCAGCAAGCUGUUUGUGCCGACGUUCGAUCUGGCCCACUGCUUACACUCUGCCAUCUCAGCUAUAAAGUCCAACACAGAAGACUCUGACUGGCUUGCCAUCCUAGCCCUUUUGUUUUGAAUCGUAGUGAAUCAGCAAAUUACCUGGAGCUUAACUUGGCUCCCACUCCUAAACUGUCCGUACGGCACUGGGAAGAGCAUGCCUGUCGCCAAGAAAGGGGGGAAAGUGAGGUGAUGCUAUGCACCUCGUAUGCACCUAAUAGGGUUGUCAAUCCUCAUCCGUGCGCAAUCCCC